AUGGAGGUAGCAAGGAGCAAAGAUGGAAUUGCUCUCUAUCAAAGGAAGUAUGCACUGGAUCUGAUCAAUGGCUGUGGUUUGUUAGGUGCAAAACCGACAACAACACCCAUGGAAUACACUACCUCAUUGUCUAGAGACCAAGGGACACCUCUAUUUGAUACUUCAGUAUAUCAUAGACUGGUUGGAAGGCUACUUUACUUGACAAAUAUCAUACUUGAUCUGAGUUAUUCAGUUGGGUGCCUGUCUCAGUUCAUGAAUUGUUCGACUGAUGUGCACUUGAAGACUGCUUAUCGUGUGAUUCGGUAUCUCAAACAAUCUCCGUCUACUGGACUCUUUUUCUUUUCUCAGAGGUCUUUCACCCUCUCAGGAUUUACUGAUUCAGAUUGGGGAGAUUAUAAAGAUAUAAGAAAAUCUAUAACUGGUUAUUGUUUCUUCCUUGAUUCCACACUGAUAUCUUAG